ACCUAUUAUUGUGAUCUGUGGUCAAUGGGUAAUGGUCUCUUUCUAAUGGCCAGUCCAACCUGUCAUGUCUAUGAUUGUAAACAAUAAUAUAGUCAAUACUGACAUUUGUUUAUCAUAAUAUAAUGCCGGUAGAUAUAAAGGAGUUAACGGAAGGAUGGUUAGAAUUAGAAAGUGAUCCUGGCUUGUUCACUCUACUUCUAGAGGAUUUUGGUGUUAAAGGCGUACAAGUAGAGGAAAUUUAUGACCUCAAUAAACCUUUGGACAGUCCAGUAUAUGGAUUUAUUUUUUUAUUCAGGUGGAUUGAAGAGAGAAGGUCAAGGCGUAAAGUUGUCGAGCAAAAUGAAACUUUCGUUAAGGAUGAGGAUAUCGUCAAUAAUAUAUUUUUCGCCCAACAAAUGGUACCGAAUAGUUGUGCUACACAUGCCCUUAUUUCUAUUCUACUUAACUGUCCUACCAUUCACUUAGGCGAGACUCUCGCCAGAUUAAAAGCACACACGUAUGGAAUGAGUCCGGACAAUAAAGGUUGGGCCAUCGGGAACACCCCUGAAUUGGCCUGUGCUCAUAAUUCACAUGCUAUGCCUUUGGCUAAGAGGAGACUGGAAAAGGGGAGUGGGGUUUCCACUGGUCGUUUCACAGGAGAAGCCUUCCACUUUGUCAGUUUUGUUCCAAUUGGUGGACGGCUGUUUGAAUUGGAUGGUUUGAAACCUUUCCCCAUCGAUCAUGGACCUUGCAAUGAUAUGGAAUGGACAGAUAAAUUCCGUUGUGUCAUCACAAACAGGCUUGGUAUUACAGCUGACGAAUAUAAUGAAAUCAGGUUCAACUUGAUGGCGGUGGUACCAGAUAGGAGACUAGCUAUACAACAUAAACUGAAAAUGUUGCGCACUAACAAACAAAUUGUUUUGGACGCUUUGCAACACCUUGUGAAGAUAAAAGAUAAAGCGGGAAAUGCAUUCAAAAGUGAUAGUCAGUUAGAAGGGAACAAAUCAAGUAGUAAUGUUAACGUAGAAGAGAAGAAGACUGAAGACUUACAUGAAGAAGAAACUGAAGAUGACGCAAAAGCCGCCAAAAACGAAACAACCUCAAAUAUCACCAAGGUUACUUUAUGCCCUCUGGAUUAUGCCACCCCUUUAACCAUUCAGACGUCUCCGGCUCCAAGCACUUCAGGCACAGAUACUCCCUCCGAUAUUGGAUCGGCUUUCAAUUCUCCGACUCAGGCGUGGAACUGGGCGAAUUCGUCAGGUUCCCAGAACAGUCCCACAUCGAGAGACUUGAAGAGAUUUGUAGUACUAAGAAUGGCUGAACAAGAGGACAGAGAUAGGGAUAAGGAAAAGUGUGAAACAAAACCUUCUGAAACAACAGAAAGAAAAUCAAGUGGCGUGCAUGCUCGGGUUCACACAAGUGAUGGUGAUCCUGUGAUAGCCGAAAAGAAAAACCAGGAAUUGCUAGAACCCCACACAUUUGCCCCAAAAGAUCUUCUAGCACUAUUACGGAAUCUAGAAAAUGAAAUUUGCAUGUGUGAAAUCAGUCUCAAGGAUGAAAAUGACAAACAGAACAAGUAUAAGGUUGACGACAGUCGAAGAACCCAUAACUAUGACGAGUUCAUCUGCACAUUCUUGUCAAUGCUCGCCGAACAAGGAAAAUUAGCAGAUUUGGUCGAGCAGAAUCUUGUUGCACCUAAAAGGCCUAACAACUCUACUCCAGUUCCUAAGCCACCCAAAAAGAAAAAGGAUGGGGGAAAGAGAAAGAAAAAAGGGCGGUCCAAAGUGAAGCGAAGGCGAUAAUUUAUUAAUAUUAUUAUAGUAUAAAUUUUUUUACUCCGAUAAAGUUUAUCUUUUCGAAAAAGUAUGGUGAUAUUUAGAAAUAUAAAUGAAUAUUGAUUAUUUA